AUGGCCCCGUUCGAGGCCUUAUAUAGUAGGCGUUGUCGCUCUCCGGUUGGUUGGUUUGAGUCUACAGAGACUAGGCUACAUGGUACAAACUUUCUUCAGGAGGUCUUAGAUCAUGUGAUGGUUAUUCAUGAUAAGCUCAGGACGGCUCAGAUUGGACACCAGAGUUAUGUGUAUCGUAGGCGUCGAGCAUUGAGAUUUGUCAUUAGUGACAGAGUAUUCCUCCUAGUAUCGCCCAUGAGUGGCGUGAAGAAAUUUCGGAGGCGUGGGAAGCUUAGUCCCAGAUAUAUUGGGCCUUUUGAGAUUUUGAGGAUAUUUGUUAUUCAUCCAGUUUUCCAUAUUUCGAUGUUGCGCCAGUAUGUCCUAGAUGAGUCUCAUGUGCUCCAGUAUGAUGGGGUUGAAUUGGAUGAUCGUCUAACCUAUAUUGAGGAGCCAGUUGCCAUCUUAGCUAGAGAUGUGAGGCAGUUGCGAUCUAAAAUCAUUCUUGUUAUUAAGGUUUGUUGGAGUCACCGUCCAGUCGAGGAGGCUACCUUGAAGACUGAGCAGGAGAUGCGGGAGCAGUUUCUCGGCUUAUUUAAGCCUUCAGGCUGGAAUGAUUUAUUAAUGGCUAUCGAAUUGGGGGUACUCUCCGUGAUGCUGGGUUGGCCGUCGAUCCUAUUUCUAGAUGAUUCGCCUCUGUUCAUGGUUCAAUUCCCCCAAUUCACUCCACCUGGCGUGGUUCAAGUCCACCCCUUGAUUCGAGCACCAGCUACCAUCAUUGACAUCGAGCCUCCAUCAGUUUGA